GGAAAUUCUGUUGUUUACACAUGUGUCUGUUGCACUGAGAAGAAAGAGGAGCCCAGCAAGCUCACAGGGAGUAAAAUUAGAUGAUGAAUCAAAACAUGAAUUUAGACUCCAUUCAGAAGCAAAUGAAAGAGAUGGAGGUUUUUGGGACCCAACCAACACAACCUGAUAACUUAGAUAGAUGUUGGCAACCAGGUGACCACCUGUGUCAUUCAAAUCUUCCAUCUCAAAGUUUCUACCCAGAUUCACCCCAUUAUGCACAUAUGCACACAAGUUACAGCAGUGAUUGGGAAAUUUUUGAAGCAGUAAAAAUUCAGGAACUGGAGGAAGUCAAAGCCAGAGCUGCCCAAAUGGAGAAGACCAUGCGCUGGUGGUCAGAUUGCACCGCUAAUUGGAGGGAGAAAUGGAGCAAAGUUCGAGGAGAAAGAAAUAAGGCACGAGAGGAAGCAAGACAACUGAGAAUCAAACUGGACAGUGUCAUAAAAGAGAUAAGUGUGCUUAAAAAAAUAAAUCAGGAUUUAGCAAGUGAGAAGGAAAAUUUAGAAAAUGGAACUGCUUGGAAAACAGAAUGCUGUUGCUCUGAAAUAUCCUAUGUUAAAAAAGACCAAAACAUGUUAAUGUUUCUGGAACCAGAACCUCCGAAAGACCUAAACAAAAUCAUCAAAAUUCCUGGGGCAGAAGACACAAAGGAUGUAAACAAAAACCAAAGCAAUGAUAAUAAAAAUUUCACCCCAAGCCCUCCUGUUUUCUUCACCAAUGGACUUCCCAGCAUCUAUUUGGAGGAAUCAAAAAUAAGUUUGGGCACUACAGCUAAGACAACAGAAAAUGAUUUAAUACAUGUAUCAGUCUUAAAUUUGCAUUUGUCUGAGAUGAGAAAAUUCUUACAGAAGGAAAGAGAAAUGAAUGUGUUUCUGGAGAAAGAAAUGGAAAAGAUGGAAAAUGAAUUAUUUCUUUGGAAAUGGAAAUAUGAAGAACUGAGACAAACCAAGCUGGACAGCCUGAAACAGCUGGAAAGAAUGCAGUGCAAGAAUUCUUCUGAAUGGGGAGAGAGAAAACAACUAGAAGCAGAAAAACAAAGUUUGGAAGAAGAGACCAGAAAAUUAAAAAUGCAGGUAAAGAAAUUUAGGAAUCUCUGGAGAUGA